AGAAUUCAAAAGCGAGUCGGCGGAGAGUUCCAGCGUUUCCACCGACAGCUCCCAAGAGGAUGAGGAGCCCAAAGAGGCGUGGAUGCGAGCACCAGCAGGGGGGGUGGCGGUUAGGAGCGGAGAGGACGCGCUGCUGACCUGCGUGGUGCUCGGCGCCAGAGGUCGCCCGGUGCUGUGGAGACGGGCCAGAGACUUGAAGUUGCUCACCGCUGGGGGAGUCACUGUGACUAGAGACGACCGGGUGCACGUGCUACAUGAUGACUCGGAUGAAACUAUCCAAGGCCCUGGCAUCAUGAAGGGCGGCGAUGUUUGGGCGUUGGUCAUCAGGUCCGUGAAGGCCUCCGAUGCUGGCCUGUACAUGUGCGAGCUGAACACUGAACCUCCGGUCAGGAGCUUCCAUAAGCUUACAGUGAUUUCUCGCGGCCUGACUCCUCCGGAAAACCAGAACGUGACAGACAGCUACUCAGCGAACGCUGGAACACCUUCGUCCUCGGCUCGCGCUCACAACUAUACCGACUGCUGCGUGGCCGCUAACGUCAGUAAAGCCUGUCUGGGCUUUUGCAGCAUCCAAACCAUCCUGGAUGGCACCGGCCAGGACCCAGAGACCUGCCAACCUGACUUCCCAGCUAUUGUCAAGUGCAUGGCCGACGGUCGAAACCACGUUCCCUGCUGCGUCCAAGAGCACGUUCCGGACAUCUGUCAAGAUGUCUGCCGCGGGGAGUUCACUCCGGUCACGGACAACAUCAAGACACACUACUCCUGCGCAGCGUAUAUGGAGAAGACCCUCGCUUGCAUCGUCGAAGGCAUCGAACUUCUUCCUAGCCCACCAGAGGAUGUUGAAGUCGAAUCAUUAAAUGAAAAGCAACUUAAUGUCACGUGGAGUCCUCCUAUAGAAAAUACGGAUACAGUCACUGAGUACAUAGUAAACGUAACAACUCUACGAUCAUUCGACGCACACCUAAUAGAUCCGUCGGAGAGUGCAAUGAAGAAUACUACAGCGAAAAUGAUACAACCUUUGACAUACAAAGUUCCAGCGAACAAAACCUAUUUAGUGCUUAACGAUCUGCUGCCAUUCACAAUGUACGAGAUCACUGUUACCUCGUAUAAUGUUCAUGGUUCGAGUUUGCCCAGUUAUGCGAUUAGAUCUCUAACCCUUACUCCGGGCAAGAUGAAGACAACAGAAGUUGCGGCUGCCCCAAAGCUGCCUGAUGUCAGGAGUUGCUGUGUCAAUGCGGGUGUCAACUACUACGGAUGUGUCGACAAAUUAUGUGACCCCACUAAAACAUUUGAGAUCGGUCUACAGGUGACAGAUCUGAUGAUAUGCGCGCCCUGGGCUGGAGUGACGUUUGGCUGUCUUGCAAAUGGGAUGGACCACACCCCGUGCUGUCGCGCUCGAGGCUUACCUGAAAGCUGUCUACCUCUCUGCAGCGGGAAUAUCACAACCUUGGACUUCAAUCAUUUCAAGUGUCUACGCUACAUGUCUUCAUACACCAACUGCUUGCUACAAGGCUAUGGAGUAUUACCUGGUCCCCCAUCUAAACUCCACUUAACCAACAUCGAUACAGACUACGCAGUGGUGCAUUGGUCUCCACCAGCAGCUUUAGCUGAUACUGUUCAGACAUAUAACUUGCAUUACAAGAGCUUGUCAGUCGAUGACGAAUACAGAGUUAUUGAAAGGGUACAUUCACCAUACAUUUUGGAAGAUCUGGAAUCGAACACGGACUAUGAGAUCUACGUGGAAGCUGUAAACGAGCACGGCGUCGGCGAAGGCUCACCAAGACUGAUAUUUAGAACACAGAGCCAGCUGCUGGAAGAAGAAGAAGAAGCGGCCAACGCGUACAACGUAACAGAGUGUUGCGAGCGCGUUCAGUUGGCCGGCGUGUGCAUGCCACUGUGCACGUAUGACGCGAAAAUGUCUGAUUUGAGAAGUCUGGCGCCGCUGUGUGCGCAAGAGUUCCAUAAACUACUGAGAUGCGGGGCUGGAGGUCGCAACCACGCGGCGUGUUGCGCGCGGCGCGGCGUUCCCGCCAACUGUCGAGGCGUGUGCGCGGGCGCCUACACCGGCGGCGUCAACACCUGCGUGCCCUACAUCGGGAACAUCGUGCAGUGCUUCGAGGAAGGUACUGGCUUACUGCCCGGCCCUCCUCGGGAGCUUCACGCCCAAGUGACCAGUAAGGGGUCCCUGCUACUGGACUGGGCGGCGCCCCAGGACGUGGAGAACGGAACCUUCUACGUGGUGCACUGGCGCAAGGUCAACAACAGCUCCCAGUCAUACACCUACAACACACUGCCGGCGUUUACACAGGGCAUGCAAGCCCAGACAAAUGCCACCUCCAUGGAACUGCAGCCUCUGACGGCUAACAGCACGUACCAAAUGUUCGUGGUCGCAAUGAACCAGCACGGAGCUUCGUUACCAUCCAGCAUGAUCAUCUUUAACUACACUGAGGGAGAAGAAAAAGAAGUGAAUGGAGUACCAUCGCCUCCACACUCACUCUCCGUCGCUUCUCACUCUGCCACCUGGCUCACUCUGAGCUGGCAGCCGCCACAGUUCUCCUUGCCAGACGAAAAGCUAUCCUACACGUUGUAUUACAAAUCGCCUUCUCAAGCGGGACAGGGCAACUUGACUGCCAUCAACACCACUGUGCCGGGCCACAGCCUAGAGAAGCUUACGCCGAACACGCAGUACGUCAUUUGGGUGAAGGCGCACUCGGAGAAGGGAGACUCACUGCCAUCUGAAACUCUGCUGGCCUGGACAGAUCCCGCGUACCCCGCUUACGUUGAGCCGCCUACCGUGAACCCGGUGAAUCUCGUGGUAGAAGGGUCCAGCAUGACUAUCCUCUGCAUCGCAAUGGGAACUCCCACCCCCACAAUCUCACUCUACAUCAGUGGUCGGCUGGUCCGCCAGGAGGUCACCAGGCACAUGGUGACCGUGAUCCACAACGUGACUCGGGACAUGGACGAGAUCGCGUGCUACGGCGACAACGGCUACGGCACCCCCAUGCAAGCUGCCAGAAAGAUUAAUAUUUCACAUGUACCCACUAUCCAGGCAUCAGGGAUAACAAUGGCAGCGGCAGGUGACUCUGUAAUCCUGGAAUGUCGUGUGGAAGCUUUGCCUAAACCAACUAUAGCGUUCUGGAGAGACCCCAACGGAAGGACCCCGGUCAUCGAUGGACCCAACUACACCAUACAGUUGAUAGCGGACCCUGACGAACAGACUAAGUACACGAUGCGGCUGAUCAUAAAGAAGAUAUCGGAGGCGAGUGAGGGUGACUACUUCUGUCAUGCGGAGAACGCCUUCGGGAAGACAUUGAGGCCUGUGUCCGUACGUCUGCGGCCUUCCACGAAUCAUCACAAUGUCACCGAGUGCUGCGUGCAGAUGAACGUAUCUUCGGCCUGUAUCGACGCGUGCAACUUCAGGCUGGACAUGGAGAACAUCAUGGACCGCCCAGAGUGCAUGAACGACUUCGACAAACUCAUGAAGUGCGCCGCAGACGGAUCAGAUCACCGUGGCUGCUGCGCUUCAUGGGGCGUGCCGCGCGCGUGCCUGGAGUUAUGCCGCGGGGGCAGCGUGUCGCGGUCAUGCGCGCUGCAGCACGCGCGCCGCGCGCUGGCCUGCUUCCGCGACUCGGGCGCGCGCCUGCCCGGGCCCCCGCGCAACCUGCGCGCGCACCAGGCGCCCACUCCGCACGCCGUGCUACUCAGCUGGGAUCCGCCAAUGAAGAACCCGCAAACUGUAUACCUAUACCGGGUGUUCUGGCGAGCGUACGGCGACAAAGUACCAGAGAAGCUGGACACCAGCGAGACAAGCGUGGUGCUGACUGGUCUACUGGAUGAUAAGCGAUACGAGUGCGUCGUCAAGUCAGCUAAUGACUUGGGCACCUCAUCAUUGAGUGAAGCGAUAACCUUCACGACCAUGGGACAAGAGACUGGUGCGGCAGCUGCACCGGUCACGAGCGCCGGCUCAGCGUCGGCCGUAGGUCUGGCUGUGGCCUGCAUACUAGUCGCUGCCAUACUUCUAGCUGCGGGACUUUACUAUAGGCAUAGAAAGAAUCUUAGACUUAAGGCGCAAGGUGGUGUAGCAUUUGAAAACCCCAGCUACCUCAGGGAACCAAAUCCAGAUACUAUAGUUAACGGCACGGUGCCGAACGGUGGUUCGAAUGGCACCAACGGCGCCUCGAACGGAGUGCCCAAUGGUGUUCCCAACGGUGUAUCGAACAGUACGGCUUGGCGGCAAGAGACACUGCAGAACCCGACCGCCGCCAUCCCGGCCGCGCGGGAGGUGGACCCCACGCUCUACGAAGAGCUCAAACUCGGCCAGGACGGCGCCGGCUUCAAGAGACUGAAGCCAUAGCCCGAGGUAGCGCGCCGAUCCCCGCUCCGCUCGCCGCGACUGUCGUCGCCGCGGGUGGCGCCGCGCUACUGAGCUGCAGCGGACCCGCGCGCGAAUUUAUAGGCUCCCCUCCAGAGAGACAGCCUACAAUCAUCUCUUUCUCACACACAUACAGUUCAAGAAGAAAAUAUAAAUAGUGCUUAACGUACAACUCCAAUUUAGAAAUACGAAAGCAAAACUAGACCAAGACAUUUUAAAAAGAUGUUGAAUUAGUAAUGAAAAUAAUAAAUUAUGUGAAUAUUCAAACGCCACGCGACCGUAGCGGAGUAUAGGAACUAAAAAGUAUUGUAAGAAAAUAUAUUUUCAGUAUCAUACUAGAUGUGAUUUUUAACCAAAAAAAAAAAGACCUCAACGUACUUCUUAUCAUUUCGUGUAAAUAUUUUUCUCGAGACGAUAUAGUCGUAGUUAGUUACUUCGAAGUGGAAAAUAAUGUGAAAAUUAUUAGGUCGUUCCCUAAAAAAAUGUGCCUUCGAACAAUUUAUGAAGUAGGUAGUGAUAUACAAUAUAUUAGUGAUAGUGACCCUUCGGCUUGUAAAUACAUAACAUUCCAUUGUAAAGGUAUAUGUGCACUCAGCACUGCGACUUUCCAUAGAUUAUCUUCGUUCAAUGACUUAAUGAAAACUUUUUUAUAUAGAUAAUGGUGUCGAUUCUGGCAUGAUUCUCGAAUCCUAAACUAAAAUUUUACAACAGUGUAUACUUGUUGUAUUCUCUAUAAAGAAUAAAAAAUAAGAGACUGUAAUUAAAAUUAGUUUUAGAUUUAGAGACUCGCGCCAGAAUCGACACCAGAGAGAAGUCUUACCGACUUUACUCUAACAUAAAGUUGCGUGAAAAUAUCUUGAGUUUACAGUCAGUGCAAACAAACGAUAUUUGAUGAUGAAACGGUUAAUUACAUUACACUGUCAUACUUGACACUGACAAUAUUCGACAAAUCUUUCUUAUUUGCUUUCUAGAGAGACAUAGCAUUGCUGAAACGCACGAACCUCGCUCGUAUAUGAAUUGUAAUACGAUUGAUUUUACAUUGUUAUCGCUUUAACGCCACUUCAUU